UAGAAAAUUUAUAUUCAGUAAGACAAUACGCAACCAUCUUGUCAAGCAAGAUUUUGCAUGUGGCCAAGCAAGUUUUACUUGUUCCGAUUUUUGUACUUCCAAUCCAGAAGUAAAUCAUAUUGCGUGAACAUCACUGAUUUUUGCCGGGUGGGAGAUUCUCAGCAUUCUCAAGUCAAGAAAAGUGAAAGAAAACGAACAAGGCCCCACAAUGGCUCAGCAUCAGGAUUAUAGCGAAGACGACGAUCUUUCAAAAGAGGUUGCGAGGGACACUGAUGUUGUUGUGUCAAUUGUCAACAAAAAACUCUCAACAAUUGAAGAGAACCGAAUUCUUAAAACAGAGCCCCGGUACAGUAUGUGCGAUUCUGAAGGCGAUAGAGAGAGCAUCGAGAUGUCUGAUGAGCGAGCAAGUCUAAUUCGAUCCGGACUGCUGUCGCAUUCGUACACGGAGAGUGAGCAUAAGUAUGGGGAUACUGAGCAGAGGACGUAUGAGCCAUCUGAGACUGUGCAUGGACCGCUUCAUACUAUCCAUCAAUCGGCCAUAAUGACAGACCUGCAAGCGUCCAUGUUUUUGCCGUCGCUUCUCAUAUCUUCAUAUUCCAGUGUUAAAAGGAACUAUGAUCAAAUUGUGCAACAAAGUGUCGCUCAAAGCUUGAUCCGCAGAUCGGUCAUGGGCUCUAAAUCUGUGAUGAUGUCAUUCGUUGAGAAAAUUUCUGAUGAUCGAGGAUCUACUUUUGGUCUAACUGUGGCUAAUCUUUUGCCUUGUCUUCUUGGAAGCUCUUUGUUCGCCCUUCCCUUUGCCAUUAGAAGUGGUGGCUAUGCAUUGUUAAUCGUUUUUAUUCUCAUGUCCUUGCUAGCCAAUUUCACUUCCCAUGUGCUCAUAGAUUGCAUGUACGAGAUUUCGCCUAGAAGCCGAAGGCGCAAGCGAACCAGUGGAGAUUAUGUUGAGAUUGCAAAAGCCGCAUUUGGAGAUAAAAUGGCUCGGUUAAUGAACGUUAUUCUCAUCUUUCAUCUGUUUUCUUCAACUGUUGUAAUUUUGAUUCUAAUUGGAAAGGCCUUUUUUGCUGUUCUUUCCAUGUAUGUUUCGCUUUCAAUGCUAGAGAUGACAGCCAUUUUCUCUACUCUCGUCAUCCCAACACUUUUUGUGAGAAAGCUGUCACAUCUUGCAUAUCUCAGUUUGCUAGCAACUUUUGCAAUUCUGCUUGGAGGCUUGGCUAGUCUAGCGCUGUUCAUUCGCAAUUACAAAGCAUGGGAGGUCAACUCUACAACAGUUUCGUUUUUCGAAUGGAACUCUUUCGCUCUGGGUAUCAGUAUAUGGCUAUAUACUAUGAUUAUUCAUUCAAUAGCUCCACAAGUGGAAGGAUGUAUGAGGCAGCCAGCCAAAAUCACAACAGCCAUUCAUGUUUCAUUUAUACUUGCUACUUUGAUCAAAUUGGUUUAUGGAAUAUGCGGUGCUAUGGCGUUUGGAAUGUCAACUAGUUUGCUGGUUACAGACAAUGUCGUUCUACUUUCCAAGCCAGUGGGACUUCUGGUGAAUGCUGCAGUUGGUGUUUACGGGAUUACCAGCUUCCCUUUGAGUUUCUUUGUUGUAGGAGACACAUUUGAUGUGAUCUGUCUUGGUAAGGACCCAAAGAAGCACAUCACUUUAAAGAAAGGUGGCCGAUAUAACUUCCUCUGGCUACUGGCAACUCGUAUUGGUCUGGUUGGUGUAGCUCUUGCAAUUGCCGUUGGCAUUCCUUACUUUGGUCCAGUUGUUGGAAUUUUGGGAGCCAUUUUGGGCACACUGCUUGUCUUUUUUCUCCCUUGCUUAUUUCAUUUAAAAAUGAAGUGGAAGAAGAUGUCAUUUAAAUUGAAAAGUUUUGAAAUAUUUGUAAUGAUUGUAGGUGUAACAGCAGGGUGUAUAGGUCUUUAUGCUUCCCUUAGAAGUCUUGUUAAUGAGAUAACAGGCUAGUAAAUGUAGCGGUGACUUUAGGAUGUUGACUUUAAUGGCGAUUUUACGAGUGUACUUAUAGGAAAUAAUUAAAUAUUUGUGGCAAUUUAAGAUAAGAAGGUUACCUAGGCGUAAAAAUUGUAGUUCUUUCAAAUUUCUUUAACUUGUCUAUGGCAAAAUGUGUUUUUGACUUAACUACGCCUAUCUUGUUCUGGACACAUUUUUGAACAGAACAAUGUUAUGUCAAUGAUGUUGUGAAUGUUGUGAAAUUUUGUUGCUGUGAAUUUUGCAUGGAAAUUGUGUCAUUUUUACUUCAUGUAGAGCAAAUAGAUUCUGUGUUGAUGUGCCAUCAUUUGGACCGCUCGAUAUAUCACAAAAUAAUUGAUAAAAUAUAGAUAGAAGAAAAUAGUUUAGAUGUAAAUAUCAAUAAAUAACAGUUAUUAUUUAAUAAUAGAUUAAGGUAACAGGGUUAGCUGUUUGGAGCGCCUAAAAUUUAGGCCAAGGAUAAAAACUGUUCUGAAUACGGCUUGGUAAGUUUUGCACUUUUCAUUGAAGCAUUUCACUUUCACAUACAGUUUCACAUACAGUUUCACAUACAGUUUCACAUACAGUUUCACAUACAGUUUCACAUACAGUUUCACAUACAGUUUCACAUACAGUUUCACACCAUUACAUACAAUACAAUACAAUACAAUACAAUACAAUACAAUACAAUACAAUACAAUACAAUACAAUACAAUACAAUACAAUACAAUACAAUAAAAUCCUAUGCUAUACUAUACUACACUAUACUAUACUAUGCUAUGCUAUGCUAUGCUAUGCUAUGCUAUGCUAUACUAUACUAUUCUAUACUAUCCUAUGCUAUACUAUGCUAUGCUUUGCUAUACUAUACUAUUCUAUACUAUGCUAUGCUAUGCUAUGCUUUGCUAUGCUUUGCUAUGCUUUGCUAUGCUUUGCUAUGCUUUGCUAUGCUAUGCUAUGCUAUGCUAUGCUAUGCUAUGCUAUGCUAUGCUUUGCUAUGUUAAUACUAAUACUAAUACUAAUACUAAUACUAAUACUAAUACUAAUACUAAUACUAAUACUAAUACUAAUACUAUACAAUACUUUGCAAUAAUGUAGCAUACACUCGUUUUUAUUAGAAAUUUUCAUUCGCUAUAAGAAACGAGUACUGGGCAAAAAAGAUAAGAAACAAUUUAAUUUUGAAAAGGAGAUGACAAAGAAAUUUCUUAAAAAUUCAUCAACCUGACUUGCUGGUUGGCAUAACAAUUUAGACAAAUGUAAGUACAGCAUUUAAACAGAAGCGGAAUCUAGGAAAUCAAAUGUUGAAGUAGAUGACGUCAUUGUUAACUAACUCCUAUGAAACAAAGAUUAUUGGAAUUUCUUAAACUGUUAAAAAACGGGAGUACUAAAUGUCGACUUCGUUUCUUAUAAAAAAUGAAUGUUAAGCAGUAGCACCACAUUCAAAACCAUUGCGUACAGUACAAGCACAGCAUCUAACCAUGCAUAAAAUAGCAUACAAACGCAAUGUCAUGACAUUCACUAAGCUAUAAAACCAUAAUAGAAUAUAGUACUAGCAGGAAUCUAACGACAAAAUACCAUAGCAGACAAUGCCAAACUAUAGCCAACAGAAUACCACUACAGUCACUUCCAUACAAUACUUGAACAUACAGUACAAGCAAAACAUCUAACCACACAACACCAUAGCACACAAUACCACACUACAGCCAACGCAUUAACAUUUCAUUCAUCACCAUCCAAUGCUAAAGCAAUAAAGUACCAGCUCGAGAUUUUACGAAAUCAUAUGUCAAAAACUCAGAACCUUUCUUUUCACGGGGACCAUCGAAGUUUAUUCUUGAAAUGAACUAAUAUUUUGGUCACUCGCAAAAAAUAUGUGAAAAAAUUCAAACUAUCGCAGAAAAAUAGUUGCUCCUCUGAAAGAAAUUCCCACGCAUGCAACACUUUAUAUAAUUGUUAUUCAUCAUAUGUAAUUAUUAAUUGGUUAAUGUGAUUCGUAGUCAUUUUAUGCAAUUAGUGUUUUAGACGUAUGUUAUAAAGUAUAAACCUGAACAUAAUCUGGACCAAAUCUGAACCCAAUCUGAAAUGAAUGUGAACUGAAUCUAAACUUAACUGGUAGAAAUAUAGACAAACUUAGACGGUACGUGAAUAUUUUUCUUGACCCUCCGGCAAAUGCCCGGCCUUCCCUUCCUCUAAAUGGGUCUGGUGAUGGUUAUUGAUUGUAUGUAUGUAGGCGUCGCGGUUAUCUUGAGUGUUGUAAACAUUAUUAGUUAUGGUUGAAAGAACAGAUAUUUCUAGCAAGUUAGCAAUGGUUGAAGCCCUUCUCUUUAGGGAAGAUAUUUAGAGAUUUAUCAGAAACAAGAUCGUUAUCAGUUUUCUAGUUAUCCUUAUCAGUCUUCUUGUCAUCAUUUGGAAAACGAUGAUUCAUUUGCCUCUUCAUCAUUUUUGCGCGAUCUUCUUUAAUCGUUUUCUUAUCUCCUCUUUUCCUACCAUUUCUCCAGUUUUGAAUUAAAAAAAGUAUUUUAUACUGUUCCUUGUAAUUUACUACAAAACGCUCAGAAUUUAUAAGACGAUAUUGAAUGAUAAUUUGAUAUUAUGUUAGAAACUGUCAUUUCAGAAGAAAAUGGAAAACUCAUAACGGGCGAAAAACAAUUUUUAUUAUCUGGAAGAUGCAGAUCAGAAUGAUGAAUUUCGUAACAAGCUAUGUUUUUAAGCAGCUGAAUAGCAUCUUAAACCAGUACGUUGAUUUUUAUGAUUGCCUCUACUUGUCCAGACAAUGAUUAAUAAUCAUUUUUCCUAAGUUCAUCUUUCAGUGAUCAUGAGAUAGUCGCAAUUAUUAGAAAGGUCUCCCAAAGAAUAAAACCAUGAAUAAUUGUGUCAAGACCUCUUAUCAAGUCCUAUCGUCAGACUGUACACAAAAGUUUUGAGUCAAUCUCUUUGGGAAUGAUGUUCUGAAACAAGCUAACAUAAAGGAAUGUUGGAUUAUCUAAGGAUUAUCUAAAGAUUGUUCUUGUUUUAAGUUGGCAACAAAAUGGGACAAGACCUUCCUUGGCUGAACAGCAAAAUAAAAAAGCAAUUUUAAAUAAAGGGGUCAAUUUUUAAUAAUUUAAGGCGGAGCUAAACAAGCCGGAAAAGUACAUCAAUGGUCAAGGUACCGAUUGUAACAAACAGUAUCACAAUUUUGAUAAGAUAAAACUUCCUUUAAGACAGACCAAAGUAAGGGGUUGGAAAUUAGGGAAAAUUAAUUUAGGGACACAACUUUUUCAUUUCUUCAUAAAAAGAAUUGAACACAAUGUUGUGAAGCAAGCAAUAUGUUGCAGUUAUAGUUUUGCAGAUAUCUGAUUUUGUUAAUAUAUAUGUCAAGAACCACAAGGGAUUGUUGUUGAAAUCAAAUUUAGUGAACUCUGUUUUUUAACUUGCCUAGUCAUAAGUUUAAGAAAAAUAGUGGUUCUAACAUGAAUUGGUAUCAAAAAUUCCUGCUCAAGCUAGAAUAUUCUCAGUGAAAAGAGUUUCACAAUUUUGGCAAAGUCACAGAAUAGGGUUUAUUUUACGCAUCCCAGAAUCAGAGAUAGGGCUCCAGUUUCUACUUUCAAGAACACAUGAUAUACAUUGGACCAACUGACUGUGCCCGCCGGGGACUUGACCGGACCUUUCACUAAUGCGUUUGUUGCUGAAGACAGGGGCGGAUCCAGCGUCUGCGUUUGGGGAGGGCCAUUUAUGAAAGAAGAGGAGGCCUGCGAAAAUUUCACAGACACGCCCUUCAAAGUCUCACCGAACGCGGGAAACGCCCCUUUCUAUCAAAAAAUUUCAUAAGAAGGUACACUCUCAGAACACUGAAAAUUAAGAAACUUCAUUGCUGCGAGAAACUUCCAAGCGAAGUAAAGGCUAAAAUACAUGAUGAAAAAUUGAUGAACUUUGGCUAAUCGUGUAAACACGCGCUUCUUUAGUUAAACUGAUGAAAAACGGAUAUAGAAAUAACUUUGGGGAAAACUGACAUAAAAAACUGAUCGUGUAUUUCAGCCUUUACAAAUAUUCAUAUUGAAUAUUUGGUCAGCAGCUUUCGCGCUUGACUUGGGAGGGGAACUAUGACGCAUCAGAGUUCGUGAAUGACAUUAUAAUUCCUGUGUUCAAGAAGCCGGCAUAAGACACGUACCCUUAAGAUGAAAAAAAGAUUUAGAAAAUGAGCAAAAGUCCCCACGUAUUUGGUGCGUAUAAUUUGAAUGGUAAAUUUUCAAAAUGGGUAGUCACCAAAAAUUCAUCGCAGCAUAACAGGCAAAGCUGAGUAGUUAUAGGUACUGUUUUGCUUUUGUUGGAAAUAGUGACGCUUUUUGGGUAUCACAAUCGCAAUAACACGAUGAACAAUGUUUGAACUGUAACCCAUUUUAGCCAUAACUUUCUCAACCAUUAACGUUUGCAGACGUCAUUCAUUCAUGAUCGCAGUCAUGAUUUGUGUUAAACCAUAGUCCAUAUGAGCCGCGAGAUCCGGUCACAUCUAAUUUUGCAUUGAACUAUUGUUUUAGGCUUAUCAUAAUUCUUGUGUUACACAUCCACUUGCAACUUAUUGCCUCACUGAAAGCGAGAGAAUAAAGCCGACUGGAGGUUUGAUUAAAAUGUCUGGUCCGCCAAAGAAAUCAAGAACUCUUGAAUCAUUCUUCUCAAAAAGUAGCCGCACCAGUUCAGUUGGAGAUAACCCUGAAAUCUCUAAAACAUGUGAAACUACCACUUGCCAAGAAUUUGAAUCAAAAUCUACUGGUGAAGAAUUCGACACACAAAGCCAAGUUGCGGUAGUCCAGGAUUGUCCUGAAGAGGAAACACACCCAGACCUCUGUUGUAUGGCGACACAAGUAAAUGUUGCAAUAUCUGAUAGAUAUGACAUUGGUAGAGCUAUAAUGAAAACAAAACGAGGAGAACAGCUGACAGAUAACGAAAGGGAAGCAUAUUUAUCGAAGAGGUGGGUGCCGCAGAGAAGGGAUGAAUAUCCAUUUUCUGAAAAGAAAAAACCAAAGAAUCAGCUCAUGGUUGGUAUGUCCUCGACAACGAAGCGUUUUCUGGGUGAAAAUCACUUGAAAACCUUCCCCUGGCUAGCUGUCAGCAGAGAGCCAAAAUGUUGCGGUGCUUGGUGUGUUUAUUGCGUUUUAUUCAAGACGUGCGAGAGUGGAGGUGGAAGAGGUGCACAAUACGGAGGUGGAGCAGGCCAGUCAAUGGGCAAACUUGUUAACAAGCCUCUUGUAAACUUUUCAGACUUGACAGGGAAAAAUGGAGCCCUCACAAGUCACCAAGAAACAUCUUUUCAUAAGACAUGUGCCAUAAAGUACACGGAGUUCUUGAGCCGUGCAACACCUGGGAGUGAGAAGGACGUUCGAUCAAUAAUGAACAUUGAAAGGCAGAAAGAGAUUGAAAGGAACAGGACUGCGCUGGUUCCCAUCAUCGACACCCUUCUAACAUGCGCCAGGCAAAAUAUUGCGCUUAGAGGCCAUCGUGAUGAUGGACCAGUAGAUUCAACUGGGAUGGAACCCAAGCACAAUGAUGGAAACUUCAGGGCAUUGCUGCGAUUGAGAGUACGGGGAGGAGAUACAAACUUGAAAGAUCACUUGAAAUCUUGCAAACGCAAUGCUUCUUUGGUAAGCAAAACGAUACAAAACGAGCUAAUUGCCUGUGCAGGAAAUAUUGUCAAAGAGGACAUAGUAAGAGAUGUAAAAAAUGCAAAAUUCUGGACAAUAAUGGCCGACGAAACCCAAGAUUGUGCGAAACGAGAACAGUUGGUCAUUGCAAUUCGUUACGUUGACACAAAAAAUGUGCCAAAAAUUAUCAAAGAAGAACCGGUCGCAAUUUUAGACCUGAUUGCAGACAUAAAAGCAGUGACCAAUCAGAUGAAACAGAGCACAAUGAAAUUAAGCUAUGUGGCAAGGCAAUAGGGGAGACUCUACUCCGCCAUAUAAGUGAGCUUGGGUUGGAUUUGCAGUACCUCGUUGGUCAAGGAUAUGAUGGUGCUGCAUCGAUGUCCAGUGAGCGAGUUGGUGUUUGUUCCUUUAUCAAAUCUGCUGCGCCACUCGCUGACUACUUCCACUGCUGCAUGCACGCGCUAAAUCUAAGUUGUUCUCGAGCCGCAAAGAUACCAGCAAUCAGACAUUGCAUGGAUGACAUCAAAGAUAUCAACAAUUUCUUCAAGCAUGCGAAAAGAAACAGCUAUUUGCAAGCAGUCAUAGCACGAGAAUCAAUUGAAGAGUUUCAGCGACGGCAGUUGGUGACCCUCUGUGAAACAAGAUUUGUCGAAAGACAUGAAUCAGUUUUGGUUGCACGACAGCUUUUGCCUUACAUCGUUGUGUGCUUGGAGGAAAUGCUCGCUUGGGACUCAUUAGAUACAAGAAAAGAUGCCAGGAGAUUGUUAAAAAGUUUGCAAGACCCUCAGUUCCUUGUAGCGCUAGUAUUGGCCGAGAAAGUGUCUGCUGUACUUCGCCCAGUGUCCCGUUCUUUGCAACAAAUUGGUAGCGAUCUUGUGAAAGCAAUGUCGACGAUUUCUGCGACACAGUCAAAGCUUUACACGUGGCGUAAAGGUGAAGAAAAUGAGUUUGCUUCGAUGUUUGAAGAGGCAAUGCUUCUUGGCGAAAAUAUUGGAGUGACCAGAGAAGAGAUGCACGCAAUUCCUCGAGCAGUCAGUCAAUCCAGGUUCAGAUCAAAUGCAGGUGAAGCCAAUCAAAAAGCCAUUGAUUAUUAUCGUAUCAAUGUGUUUUUACCUCUUCUUGAUGAAGUGGCUGGAGAUAUGAAAGCAAGAUUUGGUCCCCAUCAGCAGAAGAUUGCGACGCUUACAAGAAUUCUGCCUUGUUUCGUCAAAGAAUCAACUUGGCAAGAUAUUUUGCCUGCAGCACUAAAAUACGGAGUCUUUUUAGACCCCUUGUCCAUUGUUGAAGGAGAGUAUGAAAUUUGGAAGCAGCAAUGGCUGUCACGUGGAACAAGUACAGUAGCAAAUACCGCUAUCGGCGCUUUAGGCGACUGCCAAGGUGAUGUAUUUCCUAAUUUGCAUACAUUACUCAACAUUCUCACUGUGCUACCGGUGACAACAGCAGAACCCGAACGACUAUUUUCUAAACUGAAUAGUACCCUUACAGCAAUUCGGUCAACAAUGUCUGAGGAGAGAUUAGAAUCCCUACUUCUUCUGCAAGUUCACCGUGACAGAACACCAACGAGCGAUAAACUCAUUGACUCAUUCGCAGCAUUAAAAUCAAGACGAAUCCCAUUAAAGCUGUAAGUAGUUAAAAGAUGGACAAAAUGACGUUGCUAUUAUAUCGCAAUACUCAACAUUGAAACACACCACUUCUCGCGCAAAAUGAGCUCGCAUGUAGCUUUUCGUUUCAAAGGCAAAAUCUCCGAUAACGUUUUUGCUACGAUAUAGCUACUUCCUUUUCAAAUUCUUUUCUGAAUAUAUUGACAUCAGUUGGGAUCACUGAUUUCCACAAAAUUACUCAAUCAAAGCUCUCAUGUUUCUAUGCUCGCAGUUAGUGUUCUCAUGUAAUGUAAUAAGUAAUUUUGGUUUGUUAGUUAUAUAAACAACUAGUUUCUUGUUAUGCAAAAACUUUUACCUUAUCAA